CAGACCGGCUGGUAUGGACACCAAUUGGCUUACCAAAGCCGGAAUGUGACUUUCCGCUUACAGCAGUUACAAAUCUCCAACGACAUCCCGCGAAACCUCAGCUGAAGAUUCAUACGACUGAACCUUUUCUGUUUGCAUUUAAUUCGGUCGCGGAUCGGGAUGUGAUUCAAGAAGCUGUCACUGAACGGAAACAACAAACCCCCACCCCUGCCGCUGCCGCUGCUUCGGCUUCCACAACAUCCUCUUCCUCGACCUCAUUUACCCGUCUCGCUCCCGAUGAUAAAGAACUGCUCCUCGAUGGGGCACUACAGCAGAAUUUGCUGGACAAGAGUCCAGCUUUGAAACAGACCUUCAUGGAAGUCGUCAUAAAGACAAUGGGCACCGCCUCCCAAAUCACAACCGAAGCCUUCUGGUCAACUCGCCUCUCCCUCCUCCGCACCGCCGCCCUCGAGUCUCGCCAACACCGAGGCGGGUACAAUGUUCUCUCCACCAUCAAGCCUGUCAUGGUAAAUCAGGAGUUGAAAGUCAGUUUACCACACGAGAAGAUCGCGGAUAUCUUUGAGCAACAUCCCGUCGUGAGGAGAGUUUGGAGCGGAUGUGUGCCCCCGAUGAGCGAAGAUGCUUUCUGGAGUCGAUUCGUGCAGAGUCGGUUAUGUAAGAAGUUGAGGGGACAGCGUAUCACUCAAACCGAUCCCACAGACGACGUACUCGACAAAUACCUCCGCCUCGAGGAAGACCCCGAUGAGCGGAGUGCAAAACGACAAAAGACAGGUAAUGCAUCAAACACAAGCGACGCCCCCUCCGUCCCAAAAUUCGUCGAUUUAGGGGGCAACGAAGCAAACCUAACCGUCUCCCGCGGAAAUGCACCCGACAUCACGAUGCGCCCCGACCGCAUGGCAGCCGACGCCGUCGGCGGUAUUCGAUCCCUGAAUCGUAUUUCUAUGCGCAUUUUGGAGGGGAUGGAACCCGUUGAUCGAAGAACGGGGGCGGAUAAGGAUGAGUUGUAUCGGGAGCAGAUCGUGUUGGGGGACUUGAGGGGGGAGAAGAAGGAGGAGAGAGUUUUGUUGAAUGUUACGGAGGAUGAGGCGAGGGGGCGGAAGGAUAACGACACCGCGACUGUCGAACUACGGGAUUCACAACCUGCCACGACACAGCUGGUUCAUGGGCUGGAAGGGGAGAUGUCACUAGCGGAUGCCGUCCCCGACCCGGAAUCCCUAACCCAAACCUUCACCUCCAUCAACACGCUCAUCACCUCCCAACCUCCACCCACCUCCACCCACCUCGCCCCCACGCUCCCCUUACCACCCCACCUUCUCUCGACACUAACAAUGUCCCACGCCGCGACCACCGAAUUCCUCAAACAUUUCUGGCUGGCUUUCCUCAGGAAAGAUUACAAGACCGCUGGAGCGAUGUUGGAGGGGUUGAGGAGGACGGGAGACAGAGUUGAUAAGCUUGUGGAGGCGGUUGGUAGGGAGGGUGUGAGUGGAGGAGAGGGUGUUGUUAGGGGGGCUAUGGAGGGGGUUGAAAGGGCGGUGGGACGGGCGGUGGAGGAGUAUGAGAGGGUCGUGGGUGCGAAAUCAUAGAU